AUGGAUUCUGCAGAUCCAGCUACAGCCAAACAGCGGCCUCACAGGCGCCGAUGGAGAAAGAGCACUCGGCGUCUUUCUCGCAGGUUUUUCUGCUGCUCGUGUUUGCACGGUGAGGAUGAGGAGGACCCUCUGCAGGAGCAGGAAGAGAAGAUUAAUGGGGGCCCUCAGCUUCCACACUUGAAUCAACAUGGAUCAGGUGAGAAGGAGGUUAUCCAGAUCACAGUGGAGGAUCUGGGGAUAGUUAACGGCAGCUUCAGCCUGUUCGAGGAGGACCCCCUGACCUCCAGGAGCAUCAUAGCCCGCUCGGCCAGCUCUGUGUCCGCCUGUCCGAGGGCCCUGAAGAAGAAGAGGCGAGUCAGGCCUCUGUCCUCGCUGCCUGUUCAGCCCCAGAGUGAGUUUACUGUCACCUCGACCAGCGGUGAGGAAGAUGAAGAAGAAGAGGACGAUCAGCUGCUGUUUGAGAGCGGCAAUGAAAGCACGCCAGCAGGAAGUCUCCUAACACGACCCGUCAUCAACCUGAUCCCGCCCACUCCCUCAGACGUGGCUGACGACGACCAGUUCUUUGACGUUUACUCAGAGGAGAGUGUGGCACACGCAUCCGGCUGUGAUGGUGACCAGGAGGGUGGUGAAGACAGGAUGGAGAGGAAUGAAGCCGAGGAGCCACCGGAGGAGGAGGAGGAGGAGGAGGAGGUCACAUCCUCUGAGAAGAAGAUGAGCGAAGAUAGCGAAGCUGAGUCCGCCGAGAGUCUGAGCGAUCAGAUCGAAGAUAAAAGAGAAACUGAACCUGCUAAAGAAGACCAGAAAGAGAAAACUAAGUCCAGGUUCUUAUGUGGGAGCUUCCAGGUAGCUGCUCUGCCAGAGUUCCCUCAGAAAAGUGAGUUCAGCAGAGUGAUGGUGAAACAACCAAACGCUGGCUAGCUUGCUCGCUUGCUAGCUUGCAGCUGCUGCUUCUCCUUCUUCCUUCUCUCCUCUAUGUUUUGCUUUGUGUAGUUACGACCACCACCAAGACUCAAUACCUCUGUUUACUUAUUUUUGAUGCAGUAUCAACAUCUGGAAAAUUCAGGGUAAAAAAUAAAACAACAGCUGUCAGGCAGCUGCUACAGUUAGCUCGCUAUCAGCUGCUUCUGCUUCUUCUUCAUCUUUCCUUUGUGUUGUCCUCAUCUUUAAUGGGUGGCAAACAGCAUGUAGAACCAUGACCCCUCUACCAUACAGCGGCUAAUGAUCAUUUUUAGUAUGCUAUCAGUAUUUCUCCUUUUCAGAUGAUGAAAUAUUAUCAAACCAGCAUCCUUUUUAAAGGGGCAGUUCUGGUUUUUAGGAAGUGUUGCACUGGAGAUGCUGGUCGGGGCUCGGUGUUGGUACCAGAUGUGUUGGGUUGCCAGAUCAGCUUGGGGCCAAGCGCCUGUUGGAGAUGUCAAACUAUGGCAAGUCCACUCGGACAAACUACAUUCAGCUCCAUUUAAUCGGUCAAAUGUGCUCAAUUAAAAGCCCCUCGCGGUUUUCUUUAUUUCUGUUCCUCUCCAUAUAAUACAGAGAAUUACAACUUACUGUCCUGUAAUUUUUAAAAGCUUUAAUUGUAGAUGUUAACUUUUCUAAAUGAAAAAGAAAAUCUCCAUUUAUCAAAAGGUAGUUUUGCUUUUAAUCCACGUUUCCUUUGGCAACCUGGAAAAAGACAGUCGUCCGGCUGUCGUUGGUCCCCUCUGAUAAGUAGUGAAAGAUUGCUGUGUGAAAUUCGUCCAUGUUUUCUCUGAAGAACUUCAAGAACCUAAUCCGUUGAAAACCACUUCCCUAAUGUCCGCACCAACAACUAACUUCCAGCCAAUCAUAUAGCGUGAUGUCAUGACCAGGCACCAGGCCCCGUGCCGAUCCGGCAGCCCAAAAACAUCUGGUACCGACACAGGCUAUCACCUCCUUUAGAAAGAAUCCACUGUUUAGUGAAAGUUCGCUCAGACAUUCAUGCUCCUCUCUGUGUCUCUGUUUCUGUCUCAGGGAGCUACAACGCCGGGAUCAAUCUUCUGUCCUUCACUGAGCAGAACUUGGGUGAGUUUCUCUGAGGUUAAUCUGCUCUGUGUUUCUAUUUGGCAAACCCCAGGUGAGAGGUAACCAGCACCAGAUGAACUCCAUCCAGCUGCUGAGCUCAUGUGUUGCAUCUGCGUUUUGAUCUCAGCUCCCCAUUCAGUAGAAAUUGCCGUCAUUAUGUGACAUGGCUACAGUACCUAAAACGCCUCCUUUGGGAGCUGCAGAAGUUCCCCUUUUGUCCCGGUCCCUUUUUAGCCUUUGUGAGCGUAUUCCCAGUGCGUGGCUGGGCAGGUGGUUCCCAGGUUUUGGGUUCCUGUGACUCAGCAUGCUCUCCUCCCUCGCUCGUCUCUCAAAGAGCUUCAUUUCUUUUCAAACUCCAGGAGGACAAUGCUACUGGAAUCGAUAAGCAUCGCCUCCGCCUAUCCAUUACAGAAAUGUGCUGAAAAGUCUAAAGCUUUGCUCGGUCAUUAAUCCAGUGUGUGUGUGUCUGUGUGUGUGUGUGUGUGUGUGAAUGCUUGUCAGAGUGUGUCAUGAAGCAAACCCUGAUUGCUCAGUAUGUGUCUGCACUCCAAAAAAGGAGCGGCUUAUCAUCGUGUCGGUGUACGCUUGAGAAGUUCGUCAAGAAUCUUUAGAAGUGUAGAAAUGAGGAUUCUGAAUGUAUGAUGCACUCGGACAAACGGACCAAGUCAAGUUACAGAGUUUCAAUCCUUGAGUAGAUGGAGACAGGAAACAAGAUUAAGGUCAACUUCAUAAUACUUAUGAAUGUUUAUAAUCCUCUUGUGAGGUCUUAUCCACCUUAUUACCAGCCCCCAUGAUGCAUUGUGUGAAUUAUGGGCGUGUCUUCAGUUACUGGACGUGGAAAUUGUCAUUUUCUGUAGCAACUGUCCACUAACUGUGAUUAUUAGAGCAAUAACAUCAUCAUCUGUCACAACAGGGACAUUGUCAUCAUUCUGCUGCUCUCUUCUAUCUAGUGAUCAGAGGACGAUAUAAAAAACGAUCUGAAAUAACAUAAACUAGCAUAUUUAGCUGCUUUGUCGGCACUGUUGCUGUAGACCAAGGCUGCGGCUUAUCGGUAGCUAUAGGGUCGGUCGUGUUUUGUUAUUUGAGAUGAUUUUAUGAUCUUAAAAGCAAAUGUAGAGCUGAGUAAGAACACACAGACAGUCUUUUGUGGUUUCCUCAGGUUUAGGAGUUUGAGUCAUAUAAAGGCAGAUGAUUGAAAUAGUAGCGAGGGUCACAGGAACACUUUCCAAACCAUAAAUUGAACUUUUUCUGGUUGUUAGUACAACAGUAGACGGUGUAACACGUACCAAAACCAUGUAAAGACAUUUGCAAAUAUUUAACCCUCAAUAAAAACCUAGUAUAUGUAAAAAAAAAGUGUGAGAUGUUUUAGAUCGCUAUCGAUGCUCAGUCACUAAGAUCAGCCACGGCAUGGGACAAACCUCAUUAUAUUUCCGUUAUAUCACACAUAAUCAUAAAUACAUGGCUUCUUGAUUAGAGCUUAUUCUUAAAGAUAUUAUACCAGCUGUUAUAGUCUCCAUAAACAGCUGUUUCCUGUUUCCGAUGGUCUGGUCAUAAAAAGGCAUCAGCACCAGUUUGAGUCAGUUUGGUAACCGGUUAAAAACUUCUCAUGGGAGCGUUAAAGUAUUUGCAGAACACAAAUAAACUUUUAAAUUUGUGAUGAAUUCAGGGCGUUUUUUCUAAACUUGUCACUUGUUCACAGACGUCUCAGAGGACCUUCUCAUGCUUGGACGUGUCCUAAAUUAGUCAGUCCGGCGGUGAUGAAGUCCGUCCAUCCUUUUCUGGUGAUUUCACCCUGUAAGGCAACAUCAGCCUGCCCAGAGUUUCCUGUCGCUCUUUGUUUUGAUUGGCCUCUUCCCGGUAGUGGUAGUCUGUGUGUAGUUUGAACAUGGCUGUGGUAUGGUGGGUGUUCGAGAGGGUCCAAUUUUUCCUCCAGUCUCCCAUGCAUGGUGAAAAGAAAUCAGCGAGCGAAGCUGGAAGUGAUUUUCUCCGAAUUUCAAAGACACACUGUUGUGUCUGAGGUCGGGCUGGAAGAGGAGGCUGCUUCACAUCAUCACAUUUCACCAACACUCAUCACAUUUCUCACUUUGCUGCUCUGGUAGAGACAGUUUUGAGUUUGUGAAGCUACAGACCAGCCAGGUGAUGAAGAGAGUGCCAGCUCGCAGCCCUUCCUCCUCCUCCUCCUCCUCGUACUCCACUGUCUCUUCAGGACCCAGACGAGAUUCCUCUGCUGACACACAUAAACCAAUUACAGCGUCUUAUCUGAUUCUGCCUCCAUCUAAACCUCCAUCCAUGUCAAACCGGCCUCUCAGAAACAGGCUCCUCAAAUGAAAAACAUGUGUUUAAGAAAUUAGGAGCAAAUAUUUGUUGGGUUAACUCUUUAAAAAGACUUCUGUUUCCUUUUUCUGGGAUAAUCUGUGAAGGUACGAGUUGAAGUGCAAACAUUCCUGCAUCUUUCACUUUCACAUCCCAGAGCUGAGCUGCCUGAGAAAGCGAGGCUGAGCCUGAUGCCAUAUUCUCAGCCUCAUUCGUCUUGCUUGUUAUGAUAGCAGAAAAAAAAGAUAUCUGCUCGUUGACCAAGUGACAUUUGGAAAAUGUAAGAAUAUGAGCUUUCUGUGGGAAAGAGCUCGGGUUGUCAGAGAAGUAUGUCAUCCACCAGACAGACUUUAGUGUUUCUAAAAGGUUUCCAAGCAACCCCAUCUAGCUGCAUCUAGUAUCAGCAAUAAACUGCAAAUAGACCUGUUGACCUGAGCGCCAGAAAAGGACGACAACCAAAGGGGGAGAGAGCCUUAAAAGGGUAAAAACAAUAAGCCUCAUUCAUCGACCGCUCACAGGAAGACGGUUCUUCCUCAAACUUGUACGGUUUUCAAGAUCCGACAUUCACCAAAGGUCUCUUAUCUGGGUUUGCAUUGGGUGGGAACCAAGUCCAUGAACUCUCAGGAGCACAUUCAGACACAUUUGCAGACAACACAGAGUUGUUAUUUAUGAUGUUUUUUUUUUAACACAAGUACGUAAAUUAACAGCUGAGUACCGUCUGCAUAUCUAAUCGGAAAAUGUUAAAAUGAUUCUACUGAUUCUAUUGGCGUCAAAUGUAUUGUCUCCUACUUUGCUGCUGCUCUCCCUGCCAUAGUUUUUCAUGUUUGCACGACACUGAGGGGACGGAAACUCUCAGAGCAGAGCCGUUCAAAUUAUACGUUUUAAUCAUAGUAUAAUUAAGUGUUCAUGUUCCUGAGUUUAAAUUUUCAGCUUUCAAACACGAUGUUCUGCAAAAGUAAUAGUUAAAAAAAAAGCUACAUACUGUUAUGGAAUAUGGAGUCAUUAUGGAAGUGCUAAAACUGCAGUUCCUCGAGUGUCCACUAGAGCUCUGUCAGCUACACAAACACUCUUCCUUUCCAGGAAAAAUGCUCAUGUUUACAGACUGAGCUAGAUAUUAUAAUAUAAUAAUAUAUGAAGAUAUUUGCGUAACUUCCUCUUUCACGCUGCGUUUAAGUUUUUUUUAAGGCAGUAUUUCCAAUAUGGCGACCACCACAACCAUGUUUGUCUCUCAAGUAAAGUUAGACAUUUUAACAUGGGUGUUAAUGGGCUUACUUCGCUCUCAGGGCCAGCCCCAAGUGGACACUUGUGGAACUGCAACUUUUUGGCACUUUGGUGUUUUCUUGGUUGGAAUACUGAAGGUUUUAUCUUGGGAACAAAACUUAUAAAAGCUUCGAGCUUAUGAAAAUAAAUCUUUCUUGAAGGUCAUGAACCUGCUCCAGACUUUUCUUGGACGUGUUCUGAGAAACAAAUUUAAGAAAACAAGAAAAAUAUUGAUGAUUGAGGCCUUAACGAUUUGAUUGAAUUGCUUUCCCCAGACAAACAGAGAUAAGCCCUUUAUUUAUUUAUUGACUGAAUUUUUGAUUUGGUUUAUUUGCAGAUGACCUGACCAACAGAGAUGUGAGCUGUGCAGACAUGCUGAGAGCCGAUCUUUGUCCUCUUCCAAACACCGCAAACAUGGACACUUUCACCCACCAGCGGGUAUGAAAACCAUGCAAUGAAUAUUUUGACCCUGGAGAGUUUUCUCAUGAUCUCUUCAUACUGUACAUCACAUGCAUGCAGCUUUAAUGUCUUCAAAGGUGUCCAUAUAGAGUCACUACACAUUCCUGGAUCCAGCGACUUUAUCUGAUUUAGACGGUGACUGUUUUUUUACAUCUCAUGAAGCUGAAAAUACUCGCUGACUGUAAAUUGAUUAGAUUGGUCUGGAUUUUCAGUCUAAAUUUAUCUGAAACUUCUAUGACAUGACAGAGGCUGAUAACUCGCUCCUGCAGUCUGGAGGACAAGCUGACCAGGAGCGCCACUUUUCACGCUUUGACCCAGACGGCCGACCACAAGGAGGAGGGGGACUCUCCACGAGAACGGCGGAUAACCGUAGGUGAGUCUAGUCAGGAUUGAUGAUAUCAAGGAUGUCUGUUAAUAGUUUCAGAUUAGUGCUGCUGAGCUGUCAUUACACUGGAUUCUGUUCUGCCUGCUUUUGCUCUCCAUACAGGCUGAUAAUGCAGAGUAUUCUACACCGCAUAACUACCCACUCAUUAUACAUCGUCCCACUUUUACCUGAACUUUAGAUAUAAACAAGCUGACACUAAGUAUUGAUCUAAAGGUGAUUAGAUCAAUAUUAACAUAAAACUUAAUUUUACUCACAUUUAAGUCUUAAAAUUAACUUAUUUUGAAUCACAACAAACAAUAUUUUAUUUUUUGUUGCAUCAUCUAACCCUCGUAAUGUUUCCCCAGCAUUUAUUUACAUUCAUUCAGACCUGUAACGCAGCUUAAGCCCAAACUGUUAUUGUUUGUGUUUUCCUCAGUUUAGUUGAUGACUAUGUGAACAAAAGUUGAGACAAAUGCAGAAAAAAAGGACUAAAUAAAAAAGCUUUGUGAUGAGUAUGAGUAUUAAAAAACAGACGUCUGACUGGGAUUGACACUCUUCUGCUUUCUCGCAGCAUCUUUUAUGCCCCAGUCUUCAGAUCAGAAUGGAAACUUCCCCGAGAAGGUACUGUAAACCAUCAAAGCGGGGCCUUCAGGGUGGCAUCAGCACGCAGCCCAGAGCUGCUGCAAUUACAGAAUAUGCUCUGUUUAUAUUUCCCAGCUCACUUGAUCUGUCAAAGCAAUGACUCUGCAAAUAGUCUCUGGAUUUUAGUCUGUGUGUCCAGGAUUUGCCAAGCGAGAUUUCUUGUAUCCUUAGCAAUCCAUGUGUUAGCUGAAACACGGAACGGAAAAGUUUUUUCGGAGCUAAAUUGCUCAUGUCCUGCAUCUAUUAUCUCUAUUAUUGUUAUUUUUCUCCAGUAAUCUAUGCAACAUGGAUCGGCGGCAGCCAUACCUCACACUCGAGUCCCGCAGCGGGACCUCAAAUUUGACUAAACAGCCGAGAACUGCCGCUUAUUUUUCUAGUUUUGGUAAAUUAUGAUCCAACAGAGUUUAUUCUUUAAGUCUCUUUAAACACAACAGCAACAUCCCCCGUAUCAUUUUUUCUAAUCACUCCACUGUCAGCUUAUAAAGCCUCUCUGGCAGCAGGAGACUCUGAACUUUUCUUCCCAGGAACAUAAACCAUAAACAGAGAAUUAGUGACUAAUGCACAGAUCAUGUAGAAACCUGUGUUUAAGUUCUCAGCCAGAGCAAACGUUUCUUUGUCCUGCUUAAACAUUUGUUUACAGUUUAUCUCACAAAUGCAUUUAUUAGCUCAAGAUGUCAAACAUGAUUAUUCAGCGCUUUCUGCUAAUGAAUCAGCGACACAGACUGUGAUUAAGUGUCGAGGAGUUAAAUCCUGUUUUGUCUUCAUGCAUCAAGAGCUCAAAAUGUUUUUACAUGCAAGUCUGAUUCAUUUUUGUGCGUCACGUCCAGAAUCCCCAUCACUCUGUGGUUCCCAGCAGAAUCUGUCUGAGUGAAAAUUCACCUCUAGAAUCAAAGCUGUAAUGAACUAAAACCACGCUUUCAAUAGUUUUUGUUGAGGACAACUCCUUUACAGGCUCAAAAUCACUAAAUCAGUGUAUUUCCAAUCAAAUCAAUCAAAUUUUAUUUAUAUAGCGCCAAUUCACAACAGUCGUCGUCUGGUUCUAUGACCUAUACUGCAGCCCGUCACUAGAGGGUGCUGUUCUUGCAGUGGCUUCACCCAGUGAGGAGGCAGAUGACUUCCAUUUUAUAUAGUCUAUGAUUUGUACAUUAACACCUAAACAAACAGCUCUGAUCAGAGUAUUAAUCAUGUUAACACCUUUACCUCUUUGUGCAGAGUGAAUCUGAAUUUUAUCAAAUUUCAGUUUAAAACAUUAGACUGACAAUAUGUAAGUACUAAAUUAAAAGAGCUGUGCGGAUAAACUGGAUGUUUAUUGUUCUAAUGUCAGAGUUUAUUUGUUGAUUGAAUUAUCUCUUCAGGACUUAAAUCAGGCGGACAGUCUGCUGCAAAAUUUCAGAAUUUAAGGAUCAAUCCAAUCAUGUUAUAUCUGCAGAAGAGACUGAAUUAGGUUUAGGAAAACUCCCCUGAUACCCAAAUUUGGCUGAUACUCAACCCUUCAGACAGAUUAUUGGAUGAAUCGAUGUUUGAGAUUAUUCCAGUAUUGACCGAUCAAUAUCCUCUACUUCUACUCAGGAUACCGACAAACAAGACGCCAAGCCUCUCCGUGAGAUGAACACCGAGGAAGUCUGUCAGUGGUUCUCCAGUAUCGGGCUGCAGAAAUGUCUCCCGUUCAUUCAAGGUGAGACGCUUUCUUCUUUUACGGUCUCGUCUUUCAGCCCUGUGGUUACUUAACGACUGAAGACGCUGCCAAUCAGAUUUAUCCUCAAAUCAAAACAGAGCUAUCAUAUAGAUCAAUAAGCUUUUACUGUCAAAGGAAAUAAGCUCAUAAAGAUUAGAGUUUUCCAAUUUGAUUGAUCCUUAUCACACAUGAUUUCAAAACACUGAGUGACGUAGAAAAUAUGAUUUAAUAAGCUCCUUAAUUCAGGGACCUGAGAACCUGACCUCAUUACAGCAUCAAUCAUGUUUGAACAGCGAUGAACGCGAUAAUAAACACGAAGAUUUAUGGACUUAUAUUCUCUGUAUUACGGUAAUUCCAUCAGAGAAAAGACAUUGAUGGAAAACAACCUCACCUGUUCACUCCUGACCAGGUUAUGCAUCAAAAUAUGCAGCAUCCAGUCAUGCAAAAACUUGUAGGAAACAUUUAUCAGAUCUUUCUCCUCUGAGUUUGUCGUGGAUCACUUAUUCUUUUUCUGAGUCAUAUCCGUCAGAUUUGCCGAGAUGAUUUUAUCUCCGUCUUUCAGAGGCCAAACUGUGCGGACCAGACGUUGCAUCAGUAGAUUUGGCUACUCUGGAAAUCCUCCAUAUCACCACGCUGGAGGACCGAGAGCUGCUGCUGUCGGCCAUUUACAACGAGCUGCACCCUCCGAACACCAUCAGCCGGAGACUGGACUCUCUGCUGGGUAAUGUUUCAUCUAUUAAGACACAUUUACAGUUACAGUUUUAAAAGAAGCACUUAAGUAUGACUAUUCCUUUUUCUUUCAGAGUCUUUAGGACCUGAAAAUGUCGAAGCUUUUACCGCGACGUUAGUGUCCAUGAGCAAGUCCAAGUCCUCUCCUCACGUGAGCUGCCUGAGCAGGAAUCGACGCUCCCUCAAGCUCAGGUAGAGUCGCUUUAAUGCAAAACUAACUUUUAAAAGUGACAAAAACGUCUUAAUCUUAACCAUUUGCCCCUUUUUCUACACAGAAACAACAACAGCGCACAGAGGAACUCCCAACUUAUAGAGAUAACUAUCAACGGUGAGGACACAUAUGUCGAGCAAAAACACUCCUAUAAUUCUGGGGGUAUAAACCUGAAUAAUUCAAGAUAAAGAGAUCAAGAUAGCUUAUCUUUUUAACUCUCAUUGUUGAUUUUCUUGCAGCAUCAGAGCGUAUCGUUCACCUCAGAACCCCGAAGGAAACCACAGUUGGAAAAGUCAUGGAUUCAUGUAUCAAGAUGUUGAAUAUGAGCGAAGAUAAGAGCCUCUUUGUCCUGAAAGAAAAAGAAGGUGACCAAAAACUGAAUCAAGAGGUUAUCAGACGGUUUUAUCACUUAGAAAAAGACCUUUAUUUAACCACUGAUGUGCUUUAAUUUCAAGACUCAGCAGAGGACCUUCCAUCAGAUCAGCAGAUCGGGAGUCUCCUGACAUCGACGUCAGAAAACACACAGCUGGAGCUUCAUUUGUGCAAAAAGGUGAAAUUAUCCUGUCAGUACUCACAUGAAAAAUCCAGGCUUUUACUGAUCUGUGGAUAACUCUAUCAGCUUUGUAUCACAGGAAAAGUCAAGUACAGCUGUGCAGGACAACCCAGAGGUCAAGGGUUCGAAUGAGAACAGCAGCGUGAACAAAAAUGUAACGGUGAGCCAGCCGGCGAAAGAAGAGCGAAUCAGAGAGCUGAACCAGCAGGUGGAUUCACUCCAAAACGUCAUCCUGCAGGUCAGUAUCUCUCUUUGAUAGAAAGAGAAGGAUUGAGUAUAAUCACUGCUCUGAACCGAUUCAUGGGUUUUAAAAGGUCCAGGAGCUCCACCACGGUCUGGUGGCCUUCUGCUCAGAGUUAAAGAGCAUGGACGGAGACGUGAGCGUGGAAAGGCUCGGCUCGGCUGAGCUGAAGGAGAGGCUGGAGCUGGUGAAAAACCGACUGAUGGACAAGAAGCAGAGUCUGCAGACGCUCAGAGACAACAUGAACAAUUCUGCUGCUCACAAGAAGAAGUAAGACAAGGAAGCACCUCUUUAAAGGUCUGUAUCUGCAUAUUCUGUUCACUCUUGUGAAAUGUUUCCUUUCCCAUCAGACAGCUGGACGUCCGUCUCUUGGAGAAAAUGAAGCUGAACUGUCAGGUGUUUAAGGAGGAGAUCUCAAUAGUUCAUCUGACCCGACAGGUGGCUCACCUCCAGAACGCUUUACAGGAAAGUUACGUGACGGUACGUUUGAUCGGAGUGAGUUACUCUUCUUCUCACUGCUGUUUUCUUCAGGGGGACAGAGGGAGACUCUGAGGCUCAGUCAGUGAAGUUAAAUCAACUGCAGGCGAAACUUAAGCCUCUUUCACACACACAUGCACCUCUGUCCUGAACAUGUCCAGACAUCAUCCAGAGAGCCUGCAUGAGAAAAUGCAAAUUUACCCCUCAGAUGAAGUUCACUUCAAAUAGAGUUUUUCUUCUGAGUGCAGGAGAACGAGGUCCCUCUAUAACCACGGGUUAAAGCACACGUGUAGAGAGCAGAGUGACAGUGUUUGUUUAAUAACAGUUAGAUGAGAAUACAGCAGCUUUUUUCACCCUUUUACUAACAGAGAGUGGAAAACUCUUCCUCACUGUGCAAUCUCAGAAAAAAACAACAUAUCUGAAGAGCAUUUCUUCCAACUAACAAAUCAAUCUCAACAGUCAACAAUUUUAAUGUUGUCAUUUUUUUAUGCUUGAAACUAGUGUGAGGGGUAGGAGUCAGCGAAAAUUAUAUAUUUAACUUUCAUAGUCAGCAGGAUUAGAUUUUUUUAGAGGGGAUGUUAGAGGGUCGACGGGGGGCGCCAAAACUGAUCCAAGUGGAAAAUUCCCCACUGGUUCUUUAAAGUACAGCAUGCAGAGGUUAAAUAUCAUGGCCCAGUUCAUAAAUCAUAGUUUUAUAAUGAUCACCUGGAGUGAGCGACUUUAAUGACCCUGCAGCGUUCAGGAUUCGCCACUUUAACUUGUCUGAACCACUUCCUUUUGUGGGGGAUGAGUACGGCGCAGCGGCAUUAUGUCCGUCAUCUUUGAUCUUGUCCUCUCUGUCCGCCUGAGUGACAACACAAAGCUCCAUUCAGCCUCCCCUGUUUCAUUAAGCUGCGCAGUUAGCCUCGUUGUGAGGGCCUGACUGAAUUCCUUCAGAUGAACACGCACUUUUUCUGAGAAAAUGAUGUUUAGCGCUGACAUCCGAGAGCCUGUGACCAUACCGACAAUGGAAUGUGUGUGACAAAAGCCACAGAGAGCGAGUGAUGGAGAAACGGGCCAGCGUGUGUAAAACUAUCUCCAUCUAUCCCCGGAGGAGCCCACUUCUUUUUUAAUGUGGCUCUUUUAUCCCGUUGGAGAAGCCCUAACGAGGUGCCAUGAAAGGACACACGCGGCUCCGGCUUUGAAAGGUGCCCCGUGUCACGUUGCCGCCCCGGGGCCACGCUUUUUUAGGUGCUGAGUUUGUGGGAAAAGCAGCAGCGCUAAUGUUUAUCAUAUGACCUAAUCAGAGUUAACACACAGGUCAGAGCUGAGGAGCAGCCUGGGAACUGAUGGAGCUGCUGCUCUAAUAAGGAGCAGACCGCCCUGUAUUUGGUCUCGAAGGCUGCCCCGCAUUACAGACAAUGAGGAAAUAUUUCAUCAUCAGCCGGCUAAUCUCCAGGAGCUAUCGCAACCAGGGAGCAUCAAUAAAGCAGCCGACAGGAAAGGAGAAGGAGAGACCAAGGAAGGAAGGAAGGAAGGAAGGACAACAAGUGAUGGAAGUGAUUUAAAAUAGGCUCUUUAGUUUGAAGCGAUUGUUAAACAAGACACAGAACUAGAAGAGUUAAUGCUCCCACUUUUAACACUGUGACCUAACAUGCCGAGUAUGUAUUUACUAUCAUAAGAACUAUUAUAGCUGGAUUACUAUAACCUGGGGAUGUCUAGUAAUAUGCACACCUUCCUCUUAGUGUCAGUGUUUGAUAUGAGUCUGUAAUUUACUCAUCUUUACUGAUAUUAAAAUGCACAACAUCCAGCUUGUUUAAUAAUAAUAAUAAUAAUAAUAAUAAUAAUAAUAACUUUAUUUAUAUAGCACCUUUAAAACAGAAGUUUACCAAGUGCUUUGACAACAGUUGCAAGCACAGAACAUCAGCACAUGAAAAUAAAAACAAAUAAAAGCAAAAGCUCAGUUAAAAACAAAGCCUCUGAAUUGUAGGCCGAUUUCAUUUUUCAUAAGAAACCCAGGCAAUACAAGAACCCUACAACAUAAAAAGAGACCAUGAGGACCAAAAUAAAAACAAAAAAUGAAAUAGAAAAGGAGGGCAGAAAGCAGGAAACAGGCUAGUAAGUAUAAAAGUGGAUAUUAAUGAUAAUAAUAAUGAUAAAAUCAUAAUAAAAUAAUAAUGAUGGUAAUAUAAAUGAUAAAACGGAAUAAUAAAAAACAUUAAAAUCAAUGAAGGACCGUAUAUAACAGUUUAUAAAACUUUAGGGGUGUCCCGAUACAACUUUUUUACUUUCGAUACAGAUAUUGUAGCCUUCAGAAUCGGCUGAUACUGAUAUUGAUCUGAUAUUGGCACAAAAGUUGAAUGACAACUUUUUCAUUCAGCUGCAAUGUCUUUUUCGGACUUGAACGAAAAACACUGCCAUACAACCGACAUCACUCCUACUCCUUGGUACUACAUCACUGGACUACAUCACCAUAUAUGACAAGUUUACAUCUAUUUAGGGCUCAAGUUUACAGCAACAACCAGAGUUUACUUCAUGCUAUACUUUGUUUCCUGGCAAAUGUGUUAUGAUGUUGUACUUUUAUAAAUUCAUUUGACUUUGAUUGGUUCGGUGAGGCCCGAGGAGGUCAGAGACCCGGCCUGGUACGCUGCAGGUCUGUGGUAAUCCUGACAGAAACGGUGCGCUCAGGAUAAAUCCAGUCUGGAGAAAAUCCUCCAUCUUUUUGCCGUGACGUUCCCCUGAGUGUAAGAAAAGGAAAAACAUCCCUGUCUCUUUUUUUUCCUGCUGGAGGAAAGUGAGCCGUUACACCUCUCCUGAGUGAUCUUUGUGUUUGAAUACUAAACUCUUAAUUGCUCACUGACAGUCUGCGGGACGUGUCUUGUGUGUACUCAGGAUACGUGCCCUGUGUCUGGCCCAGGUAGUCCAGGAUUUGAUCAGAUCUUUUGAAUAAACAAAGCGAAUAUGAAGAGAAAAUUCCUCGGCCUCUUGGCUCACGUCCAACACUGAGGCGUACUAAAAGGGAAAACCGAGCGCAUUAGGGGGUGCUUUUCAAGGGGCUUCAGCCGCGUUUCCGCGAAUAUAUCCUGUCUGGCCUGCUUGUCUGAGGAGAGGGAGGCCUUAGAUUUGACCCCUGACCCAGGCAAGGCGGCAUCCACUGCUGCAAGGCAUUCACAUGGCAUUGAAGGGGGGAGGGGGCGAGGACGCGGAGAGGCUGGGUAAGAGGACAGAGGAAUUCAGUGGUCAGACUCACAAGUUUUCACGAGCUGCUUUUGGUGUUACUCCUCCUGAGCUAAUCACCACAUCACAUCUAGGUGGUCUUCUGUCCUCGCAGCAGCGUCGCUGUUAUUGAUGACCCCCCUGCUGUUGUGUCAGGAGUCUUUCCAAGAAUUAAGCUGUUACAUAAUCUCCAAGAAAUGUCUUCUAAUCUCUAAGAUCUUUACAGAUUAUAGACCACAUGAUGUUAUGAUUCUCCAGCGUUUACCAAAACAUUAAAGCUCCAGUAGGGACUUUUAGCAUGUGUCUUUAUGACCUACAAAUACAUCGAGAUCAUCAGCAUAAAAAGUCAAUUUUUCUUAACUCAUUCAAACACUAAUUCCUGCAAUUAUACGGACAAUUGCUCCAGUUCUUGACAUUGAUGAGCAUGACAGCGCUCAAACUGUUGAGCUGUUUUCAUCUGAGAGCGCCGUGACAGAAAUGCUGAGGGCGUCUCUGUGUCGAGGGCGCUCGGGGCUGAAAACGCUGUCAGUCAGAACCUCCUGACUGUAAACCUCUAAACAUGUCAUCGCAAAAUAAAAGCACUUUUUUUUUCAAAGAAGACCAUCAUUUUGGAGGAGAUGACAGAUAAAAGAGGGAUCGUUCCCGAAUUACCCAGGAGCUCUAUAUGCAAAAUAUCAGAAGGAAAAAAGCUGCUCUGUCAUUUUUAUUGUCCCCAAAAACUAUAAAUGAAGAAAGUAAGAGUUUCCAUGUCGGUUUGGCUUUUUUAUUAAAUCUAUAAAGCAGGAAAGUACGACAGAGUAUUAAGACUUCGAGAUUAAAGUCGUUGACUUAUGAGUCAUUAUUAAUGAAAAUAAAGCCAUAAUAAAGUAAUAAAACGGCAGUGAGUUAACGGCUCUAAUCUCGAAAUCUUAAUUUAUUUUUUUCUUAAUGUGGCCCUGACACUCUGUUGUAGAAAAGGACAUUUAGAGCCAGUAUUAUAUAUAUAAAUAAAAAAAAACUAGUUUUGACUUUUAAUAAUGAAUAUGUUAUUUUCUAAAUAUUUACAUGUAUUAAUGGAGUCAUUCUCAUAUUUGUUUCUCCUCUGCAGCUCUGAAAUGACGACAAAAGGAAUCUUGAAUUAUGAAAAUCAGAAUUUUUGCAGUUUUCUUGCUCAGCUAAUCGCUGCUUUACCUGCAGAUUCUCACCAGGUGUGCAUGUGUUACACCAAAAAAACCUCUGCAUAUUACAAUCACACUUCAGGCUGCAACAAGCUGAGAAAGUCUGCAGAUUUAGAUUGAAUUUGUAGAGCGAAUCAAGGAUUUGAGGCCUGUGUCACGUUAAAUGAGUGUCUGUCGUUUCCUUGUGUGAACCUGUUUUUUUUUUUGUGUGAUUCAGGAGAAAGUUCGGAAAAAGAGUUUGGCCGUCGGCAGCCUGAGUCAGCUGGUGUCACCGCAGUCUCCCGCCAUGUUACUGGUUGUUCAAGAGAACCAGAACCCUGAUGGACGCUACGGCUUCACCUGUCGCUCCAGAGAGGGCGGCGGGCUGGCGGUGGUCAAAGUGGACGACUCUCACCUCUGUGUGGACGACAGGUAACACACGAACACACACACCUGCUUCUGUCUCCAGGCUUAAUGACGGAUAAUUGUUCAAAGUUCAUGAGAGGACACCUCGUCGGUGAGAUCAUCCCACCCCUUUCUGUCAUCACCCUCAUUUUCUCUGCUCGGUCGCCAUGGAAACCCGUCAGCUAUUCGCCCCAAAACAAGCAAACACAGCAGUGUAAUACUUGGAGUCACAAAAGAGUGAAAAGAAGCAAAUGAAAGAAGUUCAUAUAAUUAGGUAAUUACUGUAUUAAACAUGUACAUACUUAUAGACCCAGAGCUGUGUGACAUGAGUGCACACACACACACACACACACACACACACACGUUUACACAGUGUAAGCUGACAUCACCCUUCGAGACCCGCCAGAGAAAUGUGCAUGACAUUGCAGAGACAGAACUGCAGCACAGAGAGGCUUUGAGCCUCGCUGUGUGUGUUCACGUCUCAGAGGCCAACACUCAGUACACGUUUAAUGAAAACACACACACAGCAUCGUUAUUUCUCUGUCAGAUUUUAUCCAGAGAGCCAUAAAUAUAAACCGAUAAAAGGAUUUUCAAUAAGAGGGGUCAUGUUUAAAAUAUUCUAUUGAUUCUAAAUUAUUAGAUAUGAUUUGUUGUGGGUUAAACAAAGAAUAAAGAAAACUUUAUUCCUUUGCCAAAAAACACGUCAUAUUAUCAUCAUAAGGUAUUUAUAGAUAUUAAGUUUAAGUUUGAGGUCAUAAAAUAAGUCAAACUCAGAUCCAACAAGCCUGUAACCCUCUUUAUUCAAACCUUAUAUGUUUUUUUUUUUUUUUAAUUUGGAGCCAAAAGUAGAAAUACAUGGAAGAUAGAGCAGAUUAGAGCAAUGAUCAUCUUUUUAGACAUCUAUUAUACAAUUUAAUUUCCUUUCACACCGUGUAAAAUAUGAAGUUGUUUUAUGACGUUACUCCCCAAAAACCUGGAAUAAUCCAGAUGUGUAAAACUUUUAUCUGAUCUAGAUUCAAUGCGUCCAAGAAGAUAAGAAAAGCCUCUUAAAUGAGAAUUUUCUUCUUUCGUCUGUGAUUUCGAUCUGUUAUAGGACACUGACUGCAUGAAUUCAUGGCGUAGUAAAAUCCUUUUUAGCUUGCAGCAACAUGCAUGAUGUUUCCCGCGUGUGUGUUCACUUGCAGAUUGGUGGAGGUGAACGGUGUCCCGGUGAUUAACUCCACGACAGAGGAGCUGACUGACAUCCUGCUGCAGGGACCCAGCGCUCAAAUCGUCGUCCUGCGCCAACCUCCGCCCAGCCUCACCUUCCAGCAGCACCCUCUUCUUCUCAUCGACCCUGAUCCCUUACAGCCAAUCUGGACUGAUAACAGUGUGGUCCCCAUGGAAACCCCUCCACAACGCAAGGUCAUGGCCAUCUGA